UUCUGUUUCCAAUUGAAUGAAAAAAGAGAAUUUUUACUCAUUGUGAAUUUUAAAAGAUUUUUUUCUCGCUUGUUACUUUUUGUGAGAAAGGAAAGUGCACAGGCAAUUAUAAGUGUAUACGACAAAAACUUAUAUAUCGGUUAUAAAUAAUAAAUAAGUGCAAUGGCACCAAAUAAAUCAGCUAAGAAUGGCACAGCCAACAAGAAUCAUAACAAUAAUAACAACAACAAUAAUAAUAAUCAAAAGAAUGGCGAGAAUGGGAUCGAGAAUCUAAAAAAGAAACAGUCGCAAAAACAAAUCAAAGUCAAGAAACCAAAGACACGUGACUCCGAUUGUUGCAGCAUAAAUUUCAUCAAAUAUGUGCUGAUUAUUGUUGAUAUAGUCUUCUUUAUGUCCGGUACAGCAGUCAUAGCAUUAAGUGUGUGGACAUUAUUAUACAAGCAUCAAUAUGUAGCAUUAUUAACAUCAUCAAGUUAUCAGUUCUGCACAUAUGCACUACUAUUAGCCGGCAUUGGCGCAAUCCUUUCAAGCAUAAUUGGAUGUUGCGGUGUAAAGCGUGAAAAUCGCGCAAUUAUUUUAAUUUACAUAAUCCUCCUCAUCUUAGUCUUCCUAUUUGAGCUGUCAGCUGGUGCUGUCGCUUAUAUUUACGAAAGAAAUGUUUCCGAUGAGCUUAACAUGACGCUCAGUGACACAGUCAAGAGCAACUAUGCCAUCAAUGAGCGUGUGACGAAGGCUGUUGAUCUCAUGCAACAGAACUUUAAGUGCUGUGGUGCAGUGAAGUUUGAGGAGUACAAUGAGAGUUUGUGGAUCAAAUCUACGAAGGAUGACUUGCUGGUAGAGAGGGAUGGACGAGUCGUGCCUGACUCUUGUUGUGUGACAUUCAAUCGGACUUGUGGGAGAAGCUUUCAUCCAUCGAAUAUUCCUUAUACUGGCUGCAUCUAUAAAUUCACAGACUUCCUUCGUGAACAGCUGAUCAUCCUCGGAUCCGUAGGAUUAGGAAUUUGCAUAACCAAAUUAUUUGGAAUCAUACUUGGAUGUUCCUUAUAUAUCAAGCUUAAGAAACUCUACGAACACAACAUCAACCAAACUCCAAAACAUCUAAUGACGAGGGAUCGAGUAAGUUUCAUCUACGGAAUCGAUGAAUCUGAUGACGAGAGGCUACCAGAUCCGCCAUCGAGUAUAAAUUAUCGCAACAGCUACAUGCCAGACUUUUCCGAGAGUAGUGCGAACAGACCAGAUUCCAUUUACGAUAGAAGGAAUUAGCUAUUGUGAAAUAAAAAAUGACUAGGAAUUUAUGUGUGCCUUAAACUUUAUUUAUAUGUGUACAGAGAGAAAAACAUUUAUUUGAUGUAUAAAGUCAUUAAUUGAAUUAAUUUAUAGUAAUGUUAAGCAAAAGAAUUGUCAAAGAAUAU